AUGAUCCAUAUAACCCCCACGAAGGAGAACAUAUCAACCCCACAACCCAUCCCUAUGUACUACAAAGCGCGCUACUCCAACUACGACCUGUAUUGCCCAGAUCUCCCGCUUCGCGAAAUUCGACCACAACGACGUCGUGAGCUGCGAGAGUGUAGCUUUGCGCUGCUAUUCGUGCGCGGUGGGCUGUUGGGGGAGUAUACUGCGCUCCCGCUGCCUGUGGGGUGGAGAACGACCGGCGCCGUUGUGGAGAGGAAGGAGGGAGGGGUGGGGGAUACGUGUGCCUACAGUAUUAUGUCGGCGGCUUCCGAUACGUUACCUGUUGAGUGCGUAUUCCGAUGCCGCGUCAUGUUGGGUACAUGUCCCGAGAGGGCGCACAGAGGACAUAAGGGGGAAAGAGUUACCGCAGCGCACCCCCGUCUGCGGCGAGGAAUCACCCGAAGCACACACCUCUUCCCCGACUGCCCGCUUUCCGUGUUAAUCAGGAGGGACGCUCCGCAACACAUUACUCCAUGCAUGGCCGCCGGGCCGGAAUGUCAACAUACGUCAUCCUUGCUGCCUCCUCACAGGGAAACCCACCUCCGGCUCCCACCCGGCCGCGAUACGGCCCGCCGAACCUCAGUAGGAAAGCACAACCGUAGUGCCUGCUACGAAGUCCUCUCCCCGGUUUAUAUCUUUAUCGCUGCACUUAUGCAACACCCCGAAGAGCACCUCGGAUCACUCGCGACCGCACGCUCAUCUCCGCACCAGGCUCUCUACGCCGCGUGA